AUGAAGUGCAUGUGGCAGAUUUGUGUCCUAUGGGUCUUCUGGGUGCUCAUCUUGUGCCUCACGGUUCCCUGCCUGGAUCAGAAACCUGACUCGGCACCCCGGGAAAAAGUGAUGCACUUGGCACCACGGCAUGGCAACUGCCUUUGGUUUAAGUUCAGGAAGCACGGCUGCCCACCUGAGACCCUCAACGACUCCCUCUGCCACCGCCCCGUCCGAGGACAGAGCUGGUUUGAUGCAUGCUAUGAGAGGACGAUGGGGUACCUGGUGGGGACAACAGCAUUCAUGGCCCCUGAUUCUGUGCUCUGGUGGUUGGGCAUGAACUCGACAAGCGAGCUGGGCAAAAUGUGGGAGAAGCUGUUCAAGGUGAUUCUCAGGCCCUCGGUGAGCCAUAGCCAUCUGUACUGCAGGACAUGCAUGCUGCUGGGGAACUCCAAGCUCCUGCCGGCCUCUGGCGUCAGCAACAAUGUCACCCGGCAUACCACGGCCUUCGGGAGUGUGGGGGAGCAGGGCUACUGGACACAGCUGCUUCUGCUGGUCCUGAAGCUGUCUGGGCUGGCGUGGACCUCAGAUGCUCUGAGCCAGGAGAUUUUGGAAGAAGAUCUCAUUCCCUAG